GUUAAUGACUACAGACUAACCUCAAAAUGUCAGAGCCACUCAGUAAAUUUUGAGAUUGGUUAAAGACUGAGAUGCUGGGCACUGGUUAGUGAGACAUUAAAAAGAUUUGAAAUACGCAUUCCCCUGGUUACAGAGAGAGAACCCUAACAGUGACUGUGCCUUCAAUCAGUGAGUUUAGUGGUGGUGAAAGGAGGAGGAAGAUUGAUGGUAUUCGCACAUUGAUACACACAGCACACAGUCCCGGACACCAUGCAAACUAUGAACGCAAUACUUGACGAAGAAUCAGAAGAUGACAAUCUGUCACAGCAGCCUGAGAUGGAGUUAGAAACAACUGACACUCAGGAGACCCUCCAGGACAGCCUCCAGGAUAGCUUUCUGAAGACCACUGAGGAGAAAGUCCAACGACUGUGGCAUGUUCUGAGAACAGCAGUGUACGAGUCCGCAGAAAAGAUAAGGAGACAUGAUUGGAAGCCAAUGGAUUUGGAACAUGGUCUCCAACAUGUGCAGCGUGUGAUAUUUAAGAAUGCAAUCCACCAUGUCUUAUACAAUGGUGUCACCAAGAAGUUUAUCUGCUUGAAGUCCAAAACUAGCAUCUGUAUCUACCACUGCGAUGGGCGGAAGAAGCAGGAAUACACCCUCAGGGGGGCAAUAGAAGGAAUAGUGUAUGCUCGGCAGAUUAACCGUUACGUGGCCUGGAACAUCUGUCCACAGGUGAAGGUGCUAGGCCCAGACUUCCAGGUUAUCUCCACCAACCGGUCAAAGCAAACCAUCACCUGUUGCCAGUACAACGAGGAUUUGAAUGAGAUUGUCACGGCUGGAGUCGGCAAUGUUUGUACCUGGCAUUUCUACUUUGGCUGCCGUGAGCUGAUAUGUGCCAGCACCAUCACCAUAGGGCUGAGUCAGGAAGAUGUGUUCACAGAGCUGGCACUGGAGAGAGUCCGGGGUACCACAGUGACAAUGUUGCGCAGUCAGCACUGCUACGCAGUCUGUGGGAAAGGAGUAGCUGUCUUCGACUUGCUCAAAGCUACUGUAAUUUCAUAUGAGAAACGGCUGCAUGACAGAGUAAUCACAGGCAUCAUCCUGUUUGAAACACCAAGGCGUGUGGUCACUUCCUCGCGGGAUGGAAACAUCAAAAUAUGGGAUGAAAACUGGAAUCUUCAGAUUAUGUUCGUUGGGCACAGGGGUCCCAUUACUGCCCUUGCUCUCUACCCCCAUGGUCCCUAUCUCCUAUCGGGCUCUGAGGAUGAGACCAUUCGGGCCUGGAGCCUGGAGCUGGCUGACCAGGUGGACGAGAUCCAGAUGGGUGUGACAGUCACUCGCCUGGGCACAGAGCUCGGAGAGGAUAGCAUCUUCUCCUGCGCCAACCAGAGGCUGGAUUUCUGGACCAUCACGCACCUGUACAGGCAGCACACGGCCAUCGGACACAGCAUCACAGCCAUCCAGAACAGGAGUGGAUGGUUUCCGGGCCGUUUCCCAGUACGGUCAGCCUGCUCCUGCGCUGACGGAACAGUUCGCCUCAUCUGCCCAGAUACCGGGGAGAUCAUCACCAGCCUGCUGCUGGGCAGGGGUCAGCGGGUAGCUGACUUUGACUACUGCCUCCCCCGAGAAGCCCUGCUGGUUCUGACCAAACGAGGGGACCUCCUGAAAGCCAACGCCCUGGCUAAUCCCAUGGAGACCCAAUGGGAGGUGCUGGCGAGCGGACAGAUGUCACAGCUCUGUUGCCUGUGUAUCUACGCCCACACGGUAGAUAAAGAGCUGACCUACUCCCGGUGGCUGGAAGCGGUGGCCAGAGGAAGCGAAGGGAAGAUACAGAUCUUGGGAGUGAAGGACAAUGAUCGCUUCCUGCCAAUUGCUGGACAUCAGAAUGGGUUCCUGUCUGUGUUAGACUGGAGAUCGGGGAGCACUCAGUACCAGGUGCAUGCUCAUGAGUCGGGGAAACUGUCGCGUCUGGCGGCAAACCCAGCAAAUCAACAGCUCAUAUCAUCAGGUGAGGACAAUGCCAUCAAGAUAUGGCGGGUUUUCCCAUACGCUCAGGAGUCCCUCAGCCUCUUAAUGAAUCUAUACGGUGCCCACCCGACCACUCACCUGUGCAUCAUGAAGACCAUGUUCAUGGUGGCGUUUCAGAAUCCUGUUUGUGCUGUCCACACCCUUGUCCUCUAUGAUAUCAGGAAGAAAGCUCGUAAAGACCACCACCCAGCAAAUGACCACGAGGCUGAAAUCACAGGACUGUGUGCUUGUCCAGAGCUGAAGAUAUUUGCUUCCACUUGCAAAGCUGGGAUUGUGAAAAUUUGGGACCACAACAACCAGCUGAUAAGAGUUCUGCACCUGAAAGCAGUCGCGAACAGCAUCUCAUUCUGCAAUGAUGUUGGUAACAUUUUCCUGGGCAUCGAGCGAAACCUGUAUGUCAUGAACAGUUCAGAGUAUCUGCCCCAGCAGUAUCUGCUCCGGAUAGCAUGUAGGGAUGUCAGUGAUCCUGUGCCUGAUGCUGCCAUUCCCAUCACCAGUGCUACUCUCAAUUCUCUGUCUGCAGAAGAUUCCCAGCGUUUGAGAGGACCCCAUGCAUUCAACAGCCCCGAACAUUCUGUUGUUUUACCGGUCGAGUCUGAUGUGGGAUCCCUGGAAAAGCAGGAUCGACUGAAAGAGGCAUACGCUUCAUUGGCUAUGAGAGAUGAGGAAAUCCUUCUGAUUCAGCGUGGGGAGAUGAGGGGCCGGAAAAAACCUCCACGUACGAAGGAAAUCUUACAGCAAGGUUUCAGGAAAUACAUGCAGCUCUUGUAUGCUGAGACUCCACACAUAGAGAUUCCUGAGAUUCCAAUUUAUGAUCCGAACGAGCGGCUGGUGGACCUGAAGAGUCUCCUCAAUCGACCCCAUCGAUGCAGCAACAUCGUCAGAGGAUUCUUCCCACCAGUGGCACGGCCGGAGCCUUGGUCCGAGGUCACCGCCAAAGAGAAAAAACAAAGGGGUCUCUCCAGCUCCGGCCCUGCCCCCAUCAUCCCCAUUGCUCUGGACGGGUAUAUUCCGAACUCGGUGAUAUUACGCCUGCUCUGGCCUCUUGAUCUCUUUGAAAUCGUGGAUUCAGAGCCGGACUCGAUGGUGGACUCUGAGGUUGACCUCACACUGGAUGUAACUGCACCAACGGUGGAGCCCAGAGUCUUGCAGGAUUUUGAGGUCUCAGACACAUUGACUCGUCAUUCCAGCAUCUUCCUGGAGAAGGUGGAGCUACUGGAGGAGGAGAAUCGCAAAGCAAAACAGCAUUUGGGGCAAUCAGCUCUCAUCACGGCCCCUUCGGGACAGAAGGUUCGGAAAUUAUCGAGCACAGCUGUCCUGAGAAAUGAAUUACUCGCCAGACGAAGAUCUUCUCAAUUGUCAAAGGGAACGGCGUCAUCCCCACUCCCCGCUUUCGUCACAUUGUUCAAGGGGACCUCCUGGUUCGACAGCGUCUUCCCGGAACCGGACUCGACAAUCUUUCCACCAGAGCUAACGGAGACAGCGUUUGCAGAGAUGCUCAUCAUGACCUUGGCGACUGUUGAUUACAAUGUGAAGGAGGGUAUAGUGAAAGCCCUGGUGUUCCUGCUGCAGUGCCACCCCUCCAAUGUCACCGCAGUGGCCCACGAUGCCCUGAUUACUGCCCUCAACGGUUCAUCACCACCAGACCAGAAGAUCCAACUACAAGAAAAUUUUAUCCGUACUGCCCUGUGGGCUCUGAAGGAGUUAACACCGAAUAGCGAAGAGCUGCUGGUGGAGUUAAUGGUUCAGUACCUUCAGUCAGGCAUUCUGCUCAGGAAUAACAUUAUGCUUCUCCUUGUUGACAUCGGACUGCUUGAUCCUCACAAUUUCUUUGAGACGGAGAUGAAUUCAUGGAUUGCCUUUGAUGAGGCUGUUACCUCAAACAAACAAAACCUCCAGCAUUUAAGCAGUGCCUGGCUGAAGAAAUGGACUCGGAAGUUCAAGGAGCAUGUUCAAACAGCCUUGAAGUCACUGAAGAAGGGGAAGACAUUGAGAGGGACUAUACCAGCUCCACGAAAUCCGCCCCCCUCUGAGAUCCCUGCAGCUUUGUUAAAGAAAGUGGAUCCCGAUCAAACAACCAUGAUAAGGAUCCCAGAGGGUGUCCAGCCGGGAUCACUGGAACAGCUUCACCCCAUCGAGGCAGUAAAUUAUUUCUGUGAACUCCAACUCCAGCAGAAACUCAAGGCGAUGACGGCAACUGAAAAUGAGAAAGCUGCAAAAUCCCAGAGAGACAGGGAGAUGAUGAAGAACACUGUGCUCUUCCUGCCAAAGAUCCAGAGGGAACGAGCUCUAUUGAGACUUGGGGAGACCACUGUGACUGGAAAGCAACUUGAAAAGCUCCACCUACCGCCCAUCAUCUCGGGACCUCUGACUUUUGACAUCGGCCGAUUCAUCAAACUCGCCGUGCCGAAGGUCAACCUCAACCCCUUCCCCUCUGCCAUUGACAACUAUCCCGUUCAGCACGUCCUCAUCACUCUCCGGCACUCCCCACAGAAAUACUUCAUCCUGGAGCGUUCAUAUGUAUCCAACUACAGCUGACAGCACCCCUCAUCUCCCAGCCUGGCUGACAAAACACUGAUAGCACUUUACAAACUGCUCCAAAUUACUAUC